CCUCCCGGCACUGACCCAUUCCCCGCUGGGCCAGCCGAAAGCUGACGCUGUCAACUGAUUCACUCCCCUUUCGGAAGGAGGGAGGGGAAAAGCUAUCUGGCCCCUGCCUGCUUCCAAAAGCAAAGGCGAUCGCGGGCGGCUCUGCAGCCUCUCCCUUCCCACGCCUGGACCAUGCGCCCCUGCGCCUUCCUGACUGGCCACAGGCGAGGACUUGACUUGUGGAGCUGAGGGCUCAAACUUUGUGACUCUUCUUCUCCCCGACGAGUGAACCAUGCCAUGUGCGCAGAGGAGCUGGCUUGCACACCUCUCCCUGGUGGUGGCUAAGCUCCUUAGCUUCUGGGCGCUUUGCCAUGGGCGAGACCCUCAGCCAGGCCCGGUUCGCUUCCCGGACAGGAGGCAAGAGCAUUUUAUCAAGGCCCUGCCCGAGUACCACGUGGUGCAUCCUGUCCGAGUAGACGCCCGUGGGCAUUUCCUAUCCUAUGGUUUGCACCAUCCCGGCGCUGGUGGCAGGAGGAAGAGAGACUUGGCUGACUCAGCGGACCAGGUGUACUACAGAAUUUGGCAUGAGGAGAAGGACCUGUUUUUUAACUUGACGGUCAAUCGGGGGUUUCUUUCCAACAGCUACAUCGUGGAGAAGAGAUAUGGGAACCUCUCCCAUGUGAAGAUGGCGGCUCCCGUGGGCCCCCACUGCCAUCUGCAGGGCACAGUUCUACAGCAGGGCACCACAGUCGGGACGGCAGCCCUCAGUGCUUGUCAUGGACUGACAGGAUUUUUCCAUCUGCCACAUGGAGACUUUUUCAUUGAGCCUGUUCAAAAGCAUCCACUGGCUGACGGCGGAUCUCACCCCCACAUCAUUUAUGGGAGGCAGAAGCAGAGAGUUCCCGAGGAGGCAAAGGAGUCAGCCUGUGGAUUAAAGGACAGUCUCAGAAGUGCUGAGAAGCAAGAACUCCAGCGAGAAAAGUGGGAGAAAAACAACUUACCAAACAGAAGGCGCUCUCAGCGCUCCAUCAGCAAGGAGAGAUGGGUAGAGACGCUGGUGGUGGCUGACACGAAGAUGGUGGAGUAUCAUGGGAGUGAGAACGUGGAGUCAUAUAUCCUCACCAUCAUGAACAUGGUCACUGGGCUGUUCCAUAACCCAAGCAUUGGCAAUGCAAUUCACAUCAUUGUGGUUCGGCUCAUUCUACUGGAAGAAGAGGAGCAAGGAUUGAAAAUAGUUCACCACGCUGAGAAGACACUAUCCAGUUUCUGCAAGUGGCAGAAGAGCAUCAAUCCCAAGAGUGACCUCAGCCCUGUCCAUCACGAUGUGGCCGUCCUCCUUACCAGAAAAGACAUCUGUGCUGGUGCCAAUCGCCCCUGUGAGACCCUGGGUCUGUCUCACCUGUCAGGAAUGUGCCAGCCUCACCGGAGUUGUAACAUCAAUGAAGACUCUGGACUCCCACUUGCUUUCACCAUCGCCCAUGAACUUGGGCACAGUUUCGGCAUCCAGCAUGAUGGGAAAGAAAAUGACUGUGAACCUGUGGGCAGGCAUCCCUACAUCAUGACCCGCCAGCUGCAGUAUGAUCCCACUCCACUGACCUGGUCCAAGUGCAGCAAGGAGUAUAUCACUCGCUUCCUGGACCGAGGCUGGGGAUUCUGUCUUGAUGACAUCCCCAAAAAGAAGGGUUUGAAGUCCAAGGUCAUUGCCCCUGGAGUGAUCUAUGAUGUCCACCACCAAUGCCAGCUGCAGUAUGGACCCAAUGCUACCUUCUGCCAGGAAGUAGAAAAUGUUUGCCAGACACUGUGGUGCUCGGUGAAAGGCUAUUGUCGCUCAAAGCUGGAUGCUGCUGCCGAUGGAACGCAAUGUGGUGAGAAGAAGUGGUGUAUGGCUGGAAAGUGCAUCACCGUGGGGAAGCAACCAGAGAGCAUCCCUGGAGGUUGGGGUCGCUGGUCACCCUGGUCCCACUGUUCCCGGACCUGUGGAGCUGGAGUCCAGAAUGCAGAGAGACUCUGCAACAAUCCUGAACCAAAGUAUGGAGGGAAAUACUGUACUGGAGAAAGAAAGCGCUAUCGCUUGUGCAACGUCCACCCCUGUGCCCGAGAAGUACCAACAUUCCGGCAGAUGCAAUGCAGUGAAUUUGACACUGUUCCCUACAAGAAUGAGUUCUACCACUGGUAUCCAGUUUUUAAUCCAGCACAUCCUUGUGAGCUCUACUGCCGACCAAUAGAUGGCCAAUUUUCUGAGAAAAUGCUGGAUGCGGUCAUUGAUGGUACUCCUUGCUUUGAAGGUGGCAACAGCAGAAAUGUCUGUAUUAAUGGCAUAUGUAAGAUGGUUGGCUGUGACUAUGAAAUUGAUUCCAAUGCCACAGAGGAUCGCUGUGGUGUGUGCCUUGGAGAUGGCUCUGCCUGCCAGACUGUGAGGAAGAUGUUUAAACAGAAAGAAGGAUCUGGUUAUGUUGACAUUGGGCUCAUCCCAAAAGGAGCAAGGGACAUAAGGAUCAUGGAAAUGGAGGGAGCUGGAAACUUCCUGGCUAUCAGGAGUGAAGACCCUGAAAAAUAUUACCUUAAUGGAGGAUUUAUUAUCCAGUGGAAUGGGAACUACAAGCUUGCUGGGACCACCUUUCAGUAUGACAGGAAAGGAGACCUGGAAAAGCUGAUUGCUCCAGGUCCCACAAAUGAGUCCGUGUGGAUCCAGCUCCUAUUCCAGGUCACUAACCCUGGCAUCAAGUAUGAGUACACAAUCCGAAAAGAUGGUCUUGACAAUGAUGUGGAGCACCUAAUGUACUUCUGGCAGUUUGGCCGCUGGACAGAGUGCAGUGUAACGUGUGGGACAGGUAUUCGCCGCCAGACUGCCCACUGCAUGAAGAAGGGCCACGGGAUGGUGAAAGCUACAUUCUGUGACCCAGAAACUCAGCCUAAUGGGAGACAGAAGAAGUGCUAUGAAAAGGAUUGUCCACCCAGAUGGUGGGCAGGGGAGUGGGAAGCGUGUUCGACCACAUGUGGGCCCUACGGAGUGAAGAAGAGAACAGUGUUGUGCAUCCAGACCAUGGGCUCUGAUGAGCAGGCCCUCCCAGCUACUGACUGCCUGCACCUGCUGAAGCCCAGGUCCCUCAUUUCCUGUAACAGAGACAUCCUGUGUCCAUCGGACUGGACAGUGGGCAACUGGAGCGAGUGUUCUGUUUCCUGUGGUGGUGGUGUGCGCAUUCGCAGUGUCACGUGUGCUAAGAACAAUGGUGAACCUUGUGACAAGACAAGGAAACCCAACAGCCGAGCUCUGUGUGGCCUUCAGCAGUGUCCAUCUAGCUGGAGAGUUCUGAGACCCAACAAAGGCAUCAUUUUCAGUGGGAAACAUCUACCACCAUUAAAGCCCAUCGUCCCACCUACAUCUAGGCACAAAGUGCUGACCACACCCACAGUGCCUGAGUCUAUGAGCACAAGCACUCCAGUAACAACCGGACCUGGUCCCACCGCACCUUCCAGAGAAACAGACCUGGAUGGGAAACAAUGGCAAAAUAGUUCAACACAAACUGAACUGAGCUCACGUUACCUCAUUUCCCUUGGAAGUACUUCCCAGCCCAUCCUCACUUCCUGGUCUGUGAAUAUCCAGUCUGAUGAUGAGAAUAUUUCCAAUCCAGCUACUGGUCCUACCUCAGAUGGACACCUUGUGGCGACAACAAGUGGUUCUGACUUUUCAGCAUCCAGCAAUGCUGUGACCUGGCAGGUGACUCCAUUUUACAGUACUUUAACCAAAGACCCAGAAUUGGAGAUUCAUAGUGGUUCAGGAGAAGACAGGGAACAGCCAGAGAACAAAGAUGAAAGUAACCCUGUGCUGCGGACACAGAUCAGAGUACCUGAAAAUGAUGUUCUAGUGGAAACAAUUACAGAAUCGCCACUGGGACUUCCACCAAUACCUUAUCUCAGUGAAGAGUCCUUGUGGCCACCUGUCAGCACAGGAAUGAAAGGACUGGUCCCCAGCCAAAGGCCCAGUACUCUCAAAAAUGGGACACCAAGGGCUGCGGGUAUGGUUACUGAAAAGCCAGUUAAUGGUGCGCUCCCUCUGGGAGGGGAUCAACAACCAGCACCCUCAGAAAAGCCAAUAAAUCAUAACCACCUGGAACAUCCAAGCAACGUGAAUGUAACACAAAAUUCUGGACCAGUGCUGACUGAGGAAGAUGCAACUAGUCUGAUUUCUGAGGGCUUUUUACUCAAUGCCUCCAGUUACAAACAGUUCAUGAAGGACCACAGCCCUGCACGCUGGAUUGUUGGAAACUGGAGUGAGUGCUCCACCACCUGUGGCCUGGGGGCCUACUGGAGAAGCGUGGAGUGCAGCACCCGGAUGGAUGAUGACUGUGCAGCCCUUCCUAAGCCUGACCCUGCCAAGAGAUGCCACCUCCGUCCAUGUGCUGGCUGGAGAGUGGGAAAUUGGAGCAAGUGCUCCAGAAACUGCAGUGGGGGAUUCAAGAUCCGCGAGAUUCAGUGCCUGGACAGCAGGGAUGAACAGAGCCUGAGGCCGUUUCAUUGCCAGUUCCUGGCCGGCAUUCCUCCCCCACUGAGUAUGAGCUGUAACCCAGAGCCCUGUGAGGAGUGGCAGGUGGAGCCCUGGAGCCAGUGUUCCAGGUCCUGUGGAGGCGGAGUUCAGGAGAGAGGAGUCUCUUGCCCUGGAGGCCGCUGUGACUGGGCCAAAAAGCCCACGUCCACCAGGACCUGCAAUGCGCACCUUUGCUGUCAUUGGACCACUGGGAACUGGGACCUGUGCACUGCUUCCUGCGGAGGCGGCCUCCAGAAGAGGACUGUGCGUUGUGUCCCCUCAGAGAACAGUACACUCGAAGAUCCAGCACAGUGCCUGUGUGAUCAUGAACCCAGACCUCCAGAAUUCCAAAACUGCAAUCCUCAGCCCUGCAGCAGAGGUGCUGGUGUCUCCUGCACCAAGGAUAAGUUGUCAGUCACAUUCUGCCAGACCCUGAAGGCCAUGAAGAAAUGUUCCGCGGCCACCGUGAAGGCACAGUGCUGCUUCACAUGUCUCCAGACACAUGUCGCCCAGACUCAAGGACAAAGAAAGCGGCAGUUACUUAAGAACCCCAGAAUGCUCUAAGUCCAGAAGGAAGCCACCCUCACCAUGGACCACAGCAGCCUGCUGACCACAUGUUUUAGCCCCAGGGUCACUUCAUUGAGAUUUUGCUUUAUGUUUUUCAAGUUGAACCUUGGGUCAUAACAAAAAAAGCCAUUGUGUUCCUCUAGACAUAAAAUGUAGAUCACAGGAGGCCCGGAACUGUCUACUUGCCGCUGCUUGAUAGGAAAGUGAAAUAGCCAGGAGAAUCAGGCUUUACCUGGGGCUGCUCCUGAGGAAGGUAUGAGAUUAGGCAGGUCUGUGAAAUCAUGUCUCAUUCUCCCCUCACAAAGAUAAGAACACAGAGACCAGACUUUCCCAGACUACCUCAAGAGAAUCAGGAAACAGAGUCAUUCUCACCCAGGGAACAGAUGAUUUCAUUGUUUAUCUUGAUGAAUGCAUACUUUUUGUUCCCACCAUACCUGGGGAAGCUGCUAUAUAAAAUAUCCUGAAAGGUCUUCUAGGAACAUGCCUUUAAUUCCUUCUGGCAGGGGAAUGCUGUCAAUCACCCAGGAUUCAACUAGGGCAGGAAGAGAAAGCAUUGACUGCAUCCCUCUGUCCACCCCUCAGGUUGGAUUCCAUAUAUACCCUGCCAUGAUUUGGAGACUCUAGACUUAGAAGAAAUGAGCAUAAGCUGCAGCCUAAGGGAUUUAUGUUCGCUACACAGAAAACAUUUCUGACUUGAGGAUUGUUUCUAUGAAAACUCUUAAAAAGCAGAUGAACUGAAAUCAGUUUCUCACUACCAUAAGAAAGGAAAUGCAGUCCUAGCUUCUUCCCACUUGCCUAGAAGAAGAGCACUCAAGCCUUCCUGUCUGAUGUCCUCCUGCCUGCAUUAUCCCUGCCUGAGUCAUGAACCGAUCUCACAACUUCUUGUUGCAGGGCUUUAGUCACAGAAACUGCUACAAUCAGAUCCAUGGCUGCCAGCGCCCCUUACUACCCCCAGGUUGCACAAUAGAGCUCUAGAUUAGCAUGGUGCCAGGAACUAGGUCAAUUGGAUCAAAUGCCAGAACUUAAUUCAAACUUCUAGUCCAGAGAAAAACCUCUAAAAAGUGAGCUAAAGAUCUCUUCCUCAGUGUAGCUGUUACUUACUUUUAAAGGUCUCUUACCCUGGGGAGUACAGGUGAGUCAGGUGACUCCACAACUCACUGAAAUGAAAGUAAGACUGAAAUGAAUGUUACAAUCCUUGUUCUAGAUGUUCCUAUCACCUUUCAGAAGUUAAAAUGGGCUGUGGUCUCAAAUUCAGCACAAAUUUCCCAGUGAACUUAUUUGUAAGGGGAGGUCCUUACAUGGACUGAAUCCAAAAAGGGAGGGUAAACAAUUAGAGGGAUGAAAGCUUCAGAACCAAUUCUUGACAGUGGGCAAAGUCAAGGAUGUGGCUUUCAUGUUAUGGGCAGCAUAUACUCUUAAUCUUUAUCAUGGAACACAAUAUCCCAUAUCUCCCUUUAACUGCCUAUCUGUUCAGCAGAAUGGUGCUAUUGAAAAAUGGUGCUGAUAUCUACAUGGUGGCAGAACUAAUAUUAACCUAUGGAUAGGUAUACAAAUGAAUAAGAGUAUGUGAAUCUCCACAUAUGUAUCUUCUUUUAAAAUGUGUAAUGGUGUUGCUGGCCAAUGCCAGUUCUAUUUGAUUAUUUAGAACCUAAAAUUAUGUAUUAUGUGCUUUUUAUUUUUUCCAAGCCAUUAGUAUGUAUUAAUCUAUAAAUACCUGUGGAAUAUACAACACUGGUCUUGGGACAAGAUUCAAGAUAUACCAGAAACAGGAGGAAACUAGAAAUGUUUACCCAAAGCCAAGGAACUUAUUUCUAGAUGAUAAUUACAUUCUUGUCUUCUCUGUCUUUAAAUGUUAUUGGUUGAUGAAAAUCUCUGGUAAAAUCACAGUUUGAGAGAAUAGAAUACAAAUUAUUAGUUUUAUGAGUGUAGGAAAAUCAGAUUUUUUUUCUUAAAAAAUGAGGCAAUUUGCAAAGACUGUCCCUGAAGUGUAUAUAGUACAGGCUUUCCAAUGGAUUAAUUUAGUAAGUUAGAUUUAUUUAAUUCAACCUAUUACUGUACUAGCAUAGGGUGAAAUACAUGUCAUCAGAGACCUGUAUCUACCAGGCUUAUGAAACUCAGGAACAUUCCCAGAUUCCUACUGACCUCAGCAAACUGAACUAGGCCAGAUUUCCCAACAUACAGAAUGGACUAUGUCUUUUAUGACCUGUGCAGUGAAGGAAGCAUUAGACAUGUGAGGAGAGUCUGGCCAGGUGCUUCAUUCUAGGUCUUUCUAGGUUUCCAGAGACGAGUAAUUGGUCCUUGAUCACAUAUCAUGGACAUGCACUUCCAUAUUGGUGCUGUGUUGAGAGUUUUGUGGCAUCCAUCAUUGCAGACUCUAAGAGUUAUCUGUCGUGUUGGUUGGUACCUUUACAACACUUAGCUAUGAGUCAGCAGUGUUCAGACAGCUCCUGGUGCUUGCUAUACUAGGGAGGAUUCAGAACAACAAGAACACUGAUGUCAAAGAACCUGUACAGUGUCUUCACUUCUUUAAUGCUCACAGGGGCUGACAUGAAGCAAAAUUGUUGGUUAGCUUCAUCCUGAUCCUCCUUUCUUCCUACCUUGUAGGAGCAAGAAGGAAGUGUAGCAAGAGACACUGAGUAGAUGUCCACCAGUUAACCAGAGAGGGUCACCACAGGGUCUGGUGCUAAAUAUAUUAAGAUUCUAAAGCAUUUGGUUUACAUACACUUCCCCAGUGGUAGUUACCUCUUCUCUAAAAGUUGUGGAUCAUCGUAAUUCUUGAACAUAAAAACAGAAUUAAAUAAGCAGAAUAUUCCAAGAGACUUCAUAGUCGAUACUUCCUUAAGUCAGGAAAUCAUUUCAUGGUAUGCAGAAUUGCCAGCCUGUAUAAAAACACUUGGUUUUGUCAUGGGUUUACUCAAACAAGAGCACAAUUCCGUCCAUUCUGAGACAGCCAAGUGUCCACUAAAUCCCAACAUGAUGCUUUUCACAUAAUGAAUGUUUUUUGAUAAUGUUUUUGAUAAUCUUUACCAUGCAUUUGAAACACAAUUUGAGGGACUAUAUAAUUAUUUUGAACCGUAAGUUGCCUUUUUAUUGACUAAAGUCCUCCAACCUCUGAAAGUUGCCUAUUGCUACCUCAGAGAGGGCAGCUCUCAGUUCUUCUCCCUUGUGACUUUAAGAUAAACUCCAGGAUUGUGUAUUUGGUGCUCAGUCCCCAUUGAUUCACUUUCCAGGGAAAGAACCACAUGACAUGAUCUUCCUGGUGCUCAGUCUAACCAACAUACUGGAUGGAACUCUUGUUGCUUAUAUUGCUAAUUCAAACACAAUUAUUUUAAAUAAUGUCAUUAAAAAUAACUUGGUGUGGGAAGUACAUUCCUACCUGUUGUGGUCCUCCUCAGUGGUUGUAUGAUAUAGGUGACCAAACCCAUUGCCCUAUCUGCAUCUCUGUGCUGCUUUCCAUUCCCAUUCCCCAGUUCCUUAAGGGGUCCUUCAGUGGGUACCUCAAUACUUAAAGCCAGAUUGUAAUCACAGCCUGCCUUUGUGUGGCAUCAAUAAAUGACCAAACUCA